AUGGCACAGUCUGCAUACUUAGGUGGAGGUGGUACAGCUGGUGGAGGAGGUGGUGAUGCUUCUGUCUAUAUGGGAUCUGGAGCCGGCGGUUCACCGAAGCAACCGGCAGCUGGAGGUGGUGGUUAUGGAGCUGCUGGUGGAGGUGGUGCGUCAGUCUAUCUUGGUAGUCCUGUUGGUGGAGGCGGAGGAGCCGGUCAACAAAGUGCCUAUAUUGGUGGACCUGCUUUGGGAGGAGGUGAAUAAUUAUUGACCCUAAUAUGCUAAUAACUGAUAAUUUUAUUUAAGCUUCGGCUGCUGCUGGUAGGCCUGCAGGUGGCGCAAGUGCUUUCGGAGGUGACAGUGGCUUGUUUGUUAUUUCUUGUGGUGGUGGUGGUAUGCAGUCGAUUCUUGGUACUUCUUCUGGCGGUGGUAC